GCAAUCAGGAGGGCAACAGCAGCGACGGCCAGCCACGCACUCUCAAGCGCCCCCGGCUCGUCUGGACCCCACAGCUUCACAAGCGGUUUGUGGACGCUGUGUCACAUCUGGGCAUCAAGAACGCCGUGCCAAAGACAAUUAUGCAGCUUAUGAAUGUGGAGGGGUUGACAAGGGAGAAUGUGGCUUCGCAUUUGCAGAAGUAUCGGCUCUACCUUAAGCGUAUGCAGGGCCAUUCCGGGGACGACCCAUCAGGAGGGGAUCCUCUCUUCUCCUCCACGCCCCUCCCCACCAGCCUCAACAGCCCCCCACAGCCCUUCUUCCCGCCAUCCGCCCCGCCUCCUCCCUCCGCUCCUCCCCCUCUCAACCCUCUCGCAGCCGCCGCUGCCGCCGCCGCAGCAGCAGGGGGAAACCCUAUGGGGAACCUCAGGGGCGCUCUAUCCGCCCUAGGAGCAGCAGGGCUAUCCUCUCUCCCCUCUUCACUCCAUCCAGAUGACCCACUCCUCUCCUCGCCUCAUUUCUCAGCGGCCGCUGCUGCUGCUGCCGCCGCCGCUGCUGCUGCAGCAGCAGGAGGCGGAUCCAACCCCCUGCUCCCUUCCCAGCUAGCUGCGUCUCUUUCGAAUUCCCAGCAGCAGCAGCAGCAGCAACAGCAGCAGGCAGCAGCAGCGCAAUACCUUGCCGCGGCUCAUAACCCCGUGGGGAACCCGCUUGGUGCUGCUGCUGCGGCUGCAGCUGCGGCAGCAGACCCGAUUUUGGGGCGAGCGCUGAGUGCGUAUGCGGCGGCUGCCGCUUUUUACGACCUUCAGAAUAGUCACGGGCAGAAUCAUCUUGGGCAGAAUAGUCUCGGGCAGAAUAGUCAUGGUGGGGCGGGGUUGGGAGGAGGCGCUGGUGGGGGGAUGCAUGGGGGGGGAGGGCUUGGGGGAAUGCAUGCUGGGGGACUGGGGGGCGGACAUGGGGGGGGAUUAGGUGGGGGGCAUGUGGGGGGAAUGGGAGGAGGGUCGAACCAGCCACCAGGAGCAGCAGCAGCAGCCGCGGCGGCGGCAGCAGCAGCAGCGGCCGCAGCAGCACAGCAACAAAGGCCACCAUCCCUCCCCUUUGCCCCAUCCCAGUUCAAUUCCUUACUCUCCGCGGCUUCAGGGGGAAUGGGUACCUUAGGGCCUGGGGGAGGGGGACCAGGGGGAAUGGCGGGUCUGGGGGCUGGGGGAACAGGACCAGGGGGAAUGGGGAGCCUGGGGGGCGGGGGAGCAGGGCAGGGGGGGAUGGGGAAUCUGGGGAUGUCAGCAGGGGGGUUGGGGAAUGCCGGAAGUGGGAGUAGAUUCGGCCCUAUGAGUCACGCCAGGGAUAUUUUUGGCCGGGAUUUCCCGGGUGGUGGGUUAGGGGGGGCAAUGGGAGGGGAUAUGGGAGGUGCGGCAGCAGCAAUGGCAGCAGCUGCGGCGGCUGCUGCUGCUGCAGCGGCAGGUUCGGCAGGAGGAGGAGGGGGAGGAGGGGCGGCAGCAGGAAGGGUGCCGUCGCCAGCACGACAGGUGCUGAGCCUCUUUCCAGAGCAGCAGUGA